AUGGCUUGCCCCUGCAAAGCCUUGAAGUUCCGGUCGAACUCUUACUGUAUCCUCUUUAAUGCACCCGAUGUCAGUUUGGUCGGGAUUGGCACAGUGUCCUGGGCUGAGGAUGAUAGCUCGAAUGAGGGUGAAAUCGCGGCUUCAGCAGUGGUCGAGGUCGCGCAAGAUAUCGAUUCGAUCUCCCAUACUGUUGGAGCCGCUGUUACCACCACUACUGCCACCACCACCGCUGCUUCUGCUGCUACUGCUAUUGUUGUUGUUGUUGUUGUUGUUGUUGUUGUCCAUAACUAUGCCUGUGUGUUUGUUGUCAUUUAUAGAGGUGGUGUUAUCAGUGAGGAGGAAGAGGGUGAAGAGUUAGCACUGCACGCCGGACAAGCACUACAUCAGCCUUAUUGUAUUAUAUCCCGCCGAGUCACCAAGUAUUUCAAAAGCGAGCCCCUCACGAUGAAACAUGGUGAGGACAUCAUGGAGAUUACGCUUACUAUCGGCGACAAGGACAUUCGCAAACUCUUCGCAGAGGAAUAUGUCACGGUGUUGGAGCAGGUCAAGCGACUCGGAGACGAGAUUGCCGCAGGACUUGAGCGUGUGAAACGAGCCAGGAUGUGA